GGCGGGCCGAGGUGCUGCAGGUCAGUCGCUGCCACGCCGCGCGAGACCUGACCGCGCGAGACCUCGCAGCGCGACCGUCCGCCCUCAGCCCGGGCUGCUGGACAGCGGACGCCGCCUCGGACCGCGGGUCGUGCACGACUGUGUCCCCCUGACAUAAUGUCAAGUGGAGAUGACCGCCGGCCGCAGGCUCUCGCCAAACCCGCGUUCAGCGAGGCGCAGGCCUGUGCCGUGGUGGAGUCCGAGUUCGGGUUCCGGGUGUCCGAGAUCCAGCCGCUCCCGAGCUACGACGACCAGAACUUCCGCGUGCGCGUCUCAAGGCCCGGAGACGCUUUGGGUGGCCCGACGGAGUAUGUCCUCAAAAUCAGCAACACCGAGUCCAGCAAGAACCCCGACCUGAUCGAGGUGCAGAGCCACGUCGCCAUGUUCCUGCACGAGGCGGGGUUCCCUACGGCCUCUGUGUGUCGCACCCGGGACGGCGGCGUCACCUCGCUCGUGUCCGUGGACAGUGGUUCCCAAACCAAGAGCCACGUGGUGAGGCUGCUGACGUACCUCCCAGGGCGGCCUGUCGCGGAGGUCCCCGUCGGCCCCCGGCUGCUGUAUGAGAUCGGGAGGCUGGCUGCCACGCUGGAUAAGACGCUGGAGGAGUUCCAUCACCCAAAGUUAAGAUGUCUUCGCCGGGAGGACUUCAUCUGGAACCUGAGAAACGUCCCUCUUCUGGAGAAAUACCUGAGCGCCUUGGGCCAGGAUCGGAACCGGGAGAUUGUGGGAGAGGUCAUCCGGCUCUUCAAGGAGGAAGUCACGGCCAAGCUAAGUCACUUCCGAGAGUGUGUCAAUCACGGCGACCUCAACGACCACAACAUUCUAGUCGAGUCCAGCGAGCCCGCCUCCGGGGAUGCCGUCUUUCGCGUGUCUGGGAUCUUGGACUUUGAAGACAUGAGCUGUGGCUACUACGUGUUUGAAGUGGCGAUCGCCAUCAUGUACAUGAUGAUAGAGAGCCGGGACCCGAUGGGGGUCGGAGGCCACGUCCUCGCGGGGUUUGAGAGCGUCAUCCCGCUGACCCCUGCGGAGCGGGGUGCCCUGUUCCUGCUGGUGUGCGGCCGUUUCUGCCAGUCGCUCGUCAUGGCUGCGCACUCCUGCCGGCUACACCCGGAGAACGCUGAGUACCUCAUGAUCACGGCGAAAACGGGGUGGAAGCACCUGCAGCAGAUGUUUGCCAUGGGCCGGAGAGCUGUCGAAGACCUCUGGUUCGACACGGCCCGGUCCUACGGGUGCGGGGUCCCCGUGUGACGUGGGUAAACGUUCACACGAACCUGGGUGGUUAACCCAAUGGGACCCAAUCUCAGUCGACGAGGGAUUUUCCUGCGCA